AUGCUGUACAAGGUGGUGGUGAUGGGCAGCUGUGGCGUGGGCAAGACCGCGAUGGUCACCCGCUUCCUCGAGAACCGCUUCGUGGCUGAGUACGAGCCCACCAGCCCCACCACCGAGGUGUACCACGGCGUGGCGGUGGUGGACGGGGAGCCCUGCGACCUGGAGAUCCUGGACACUUCCGGAGGCGACGAGUACCGCCAGCACCGGGAGCACUUCAUGACCUGGGGAGACGGCUUCCUGUGCGUCUACGCCGUCGACUUCAUGAAGACCUUCGUGGAUAUGAGCCUCUUCUACCAGCAGCUGUGCCGGGUCAAGGGCACUGACAAGGUGCCCCUGGUGGUGGUGUCCAACAAAAUCGACGAGGCCCACUGGCUGAUCGACUCAGACAUGGGCGAACAAGCGGCCAAGAGCUUCAAGGCGCCCUUCGUGCAGACCUCGGCCAAGACCCGCCAGGGCGUGGGGCAGGCCUUCCACGAGCUGGUGCGGGAGAUCCGCCGCACGCGCAUCCAGGCGGCGCUCAAGGCUGCCGAGACUAGGCAGUGCACCAUCCUGUGA